GCCCUCGUGGAGUAGUCCACGCACGCACGCGGUUCCGCUCCUUCCCUCCUCCUUCCCAAAGAGCAUACCAACCAAUUCCGAUUCCGAAACCACUUGCACGGCCACGGCUCCGGCUCCCCCCACCUCCUCAUCGUGUUCGCCGCCUCCCCACUCCCAAACCCUAGCAACCCUCACCCCCGAUCGAACCCAAAUCCGCCCGAGGAAUUAUGCGAAAUUCCCCGAGAUCCUAGCCCAGCCCAACCUUACCCUACCCUACCAGAUCGAUCGAUAGAGACUACGAUGAGCCUAUCACCGCUCGACUCCUCCUCCCCGCCGGCGGCGGCCGAGGUGCCCCUCGCCCCGGGCUUCCGCUUCCACCCCACCGACGAGGAGCUCGUCUCCUACUACCUCCGCCGCCGCGUCCUCGGCCGCCGCCUCCGCGUCGACGCCAUCGCCGAGGUCGAUCUCUACCGCCUCGAGCCCUGGGACCUGCCCUCCCUCUCCCGCAUCCGCAGCCGCGACGCCCAGUGGUACUUCUUCGCCCGCCUCGACCGCAAGGUCGCCGGCGCCGGCGCCGGGGGCCGGGGCGGCCCCGGCAACAGGACCAACCGCGCCACGCCGAGGGGGUACUGGAAGACCACGGGCAAGGACCGCGAGGUGCACCACCGCGGCAAGCCCGUUGGGAUGAAGAAGACGCUCGUCUUCCACGCCGGGAGGGCGCCUAAGGGCGAGAGGACCAACUGGGUCAUGCACGAGUACCGCCUCCUCGACGCAGACGGGCCUCAGGAUCUGCAUGUGGUGUGUAGAAUCUUCCAGAAGCAUGGAUCUGGACCACAGAACGGUGCGCAGUAUGGUGCACCAUACAUGGAAGAGGAAUGGGAAGAGGAUGAUGAUGCUAUUGAGAAUGGUCCUACCAGUGGCGCAUCUGCUCAAAUGGCUGCAAUCACAUGUGCUGUAGAUGAGGAGUCAAAUGAGGACGAUGAGAAUGCGUAUUGUGAAACAAACAGACCUGCUCGAGUAGAACCAUCUCAUCUGCCUUUGGUCCAUGAAAUGCUCAAUCCACCAGAGAUGGCUCCUCAACAAGGUCAGGAUUCUAAAGAGACAAGUGAUGGAAGCUGUGCUGAUGGUGCUAUUUCUCUGGAAGAGGUUUUGCAGGAACCUUUGUCGAAUAUUAGUGUGGAGAAUAUAGGUAGACUUGAAGGGCAGAAUGCAACUGAUGAUAGCAUCAAUGUUGAUGACUUGUUAUCAGCAUACCCCAGGAAAGAUAAUGGCUAUGUAGGCCAGGAUAACACUAUGAAUGGGAGUGGUCCAGCAGAUGGUGAUCACACAAGCUGGCCUUUGAGAGCAUAUAGUAAUCAGAACUAUGUCAAUGGCCCUCUUGCUGAUGAGUUCUUUGACACAGGGAAUGAUACCAAUGGGGUUGCAUAUUCUGGGCAGCAGCAAGCUGAUGGCUUUCCAGCACCUCGCCAAGUGGAUGACAGUAUGGUAUUUUAUGAUGCUCCAUCUGAUUAUAACUUGGUGGAUGGAAAUGAUGACUUCGUAUAUCUGAAUGACCUCCUCAAUGAGCCACUUGGAAAUGAAUCACUCUUUGAUGGAGAUGAUGUGAUGGCUUACUUUGACGCCACAGAGAAUGAUUUCAAGUAUGACAUUUUGGGCUCUGCUCAGGGUUCGAAUUAUCAACUUGCAGACAUGCCGUUGAACUUUGCCCAAAAGAGUGAUAACAAAGACAAGUUUACAUUCGAUGGGAUCUCAGAGGUUCCGGAAGCAAAUGCUCAGUACGGUGCAUCCUCAUCUGGUUCCCAUGAGGAUCUGUAUGCAGAUACUGAAUUUCCAGGUGUGCCAACAGAUGACACUGCUGAUAAAACUUAUGGAAAGCGCCUUGCCAGCAUGUUGGGCUCUAUCCCAGCUCCACCUGCAAUGGCCUCAGAAUUCCCGCCAUCGACAGGGAAAUCUGUUGGGAUGCUCUCGGCUGUCAGCUCAAGCUCAAUUCGUGUUACUGCUGGCAUCAUCCAACUUGAUGGCCUCACUUUCAGCAGUGGCUCCGAUCGGUGGCCCUUGCAGAAGAAUGGAGACUUGAGUUUGCUUGUGUCUUUCGCCGUGGAGAGCGACGUGUCAUCCAAGCUUCCUGUUGGUCUUGAGGAUGCUACUCGGAUUAGCACUGUUCCCAUGGUGAUGCGAAGUGGCUUUUACCUUUUCUUUAUGUCGGCCAUGAUUCUCCUGUUGAGCUACAAAGUAGGGUCGUGUAUCUACAGCAGGUGAGUUGAAGGUGAUGGCGCCUCUGGUCCGGUCUGACUCUGAGGGCUGUUUAUUUUGAUUUUAUACGUGGGUCAUCCCCUCAGUGAUGAGGGGAUAGUAGUCGUUCGACACUAUUUGUUUAUUUACCAUUCUGACCUGUCAAAACAUAUAGCAAUAAACUUUUGAACUGGUGAUGGUGGCCAUGCCGGGACCAUGUCCUCAUCAGGCAAAGUAGUGCACUGUGAACUUGGGGCUCUGCCCUUAUUAUUGUAACCAAAACUUAACUGCAGUAUGUUUAUGUUCUGUCGUGUGGAAGAAAAGCUAUUUUUUCUGGUGUAA